AUGUUCAGUAUCAUAGUGUUAUUUGUGUUUGGAUCUUUCUUGGUUUCCCAAGCAGAGAGUGUCUUUGUCGGAGCCUUUGUCAUGCCGCACGGUAGGUGACAUAUUCCAUAAAUUUCGAUCUUUCUCCAUUUCACCAUUUUCCGAUUAAUUUUCGGAAACAAAUCGUUUGUAAAACCUUCCUUGAAUUGACAGUAACACUGAACUAAGAUCAGGCACGUCGACUCUGGUGGAGUCUCGUGAUUGCGUUUAAAGUUUAAUCCAAGAAAGUGUCAGGAGUCAUGCCAUUGGGUAGUUGAACGUUGUGACCAAAGAUGUGAAAGGCUCUCUGAAAGGUAACGAAUUGGGAAAGGAAAUGACUUUGUUCUUCACUUCUCCCUUAUUUUUAAUAUCUCUCUGACCCAUCCCUGACUUCCCCAAUGCAGAGAUGCCAACCUCUUGAGAUUUAAAAUCUGGAGACUCACUCUUUUUCACUACCCCCACCCUCCAAAUUUCGACGGACCCUCCCCCCAACAAAUUGACCCAGCCCCCAAUGGGAAUGGCUCAGGACUUUAUAUGAAGUCUUAAAUGAACUGCAUACUAUCAAAAUUCACGAUCAUCGUUUUGAUGCCGAAAUAAUCUUUGUCAGUGGCUAAGUACGUGCAAAAAUGCGCCAGAAACCGUACUACGAAUAAGAAAAAUUCACGUUUUGAGGAAACAAUGGGCUACAUCUCAAACUAAAGCACAGAAAAGAACAAAAGAUGAUUUUAUCCGGGAGAUUUGGUGACCCGUACGGGAGAGCGGGAGAACGGGAGAUCGGUUCCGUAUCCGGGAGACUCUCGAAUAAUCCGGGAGAGUUGGCACUGCUCCAGAAGAGCUCCUCAGGCUUGAAGAAACCAAAGUGACAGCGAUGAGUAAGCUUGAAAAUAGCAUAUUAUGAAAUUAGCAUCCGAAAACGAAUAUUGUACAGGCUACAAGAAAAGAAAGAGUAUGGAUUCUUGUUUCAAAAUUCCCUGAAAACUGGUGUGAUUCACCUAUCUUGUUUUAUUAAUAGUAUCUAAAAUGCGUAUAUUUCCGUACGCAACAUUUCUGGCCUUCAUUAUUGUAUUGCGUUAUGGUUUCGAUAUCUGACGGACUUUUCUCGUAAAAUCGAAGAUAAAUAAAUAUGCAGCAUUAAGUAGUUGGAGUCUUGCAUUGAUGAACAUUAACAUCGUAGCUUUCAAGACCGGUUUCGAGAAAUAACUUUGGUACUGAACUCGUUAUCAGUGUUUAUGUUUACGUUGUUUGGCGAUUUUUGUACCAUCAGGAGGAAUUGCUCUGGAUCCCCGGUAUUUCAACACGACCAAUGCCACUGCCAAGGCUCAGGCUUGGAUGGUACAUGAUGCAGCAGUGCAAGUGGGAAAACAAAUCCAGGAUCUGAAGCCAGAUAUAAUAGUCCUGAGUACUCCGCACGGAAUAGCCUCUCCUGAAGAUUUCGUCUUUUAUCUCAGUCCAGAAGGGGCAGGAUUCUCUGACACAGACAACUGCGCAUGUCCACCUUGCUGCUACAACCUGUCCGUCGUCAUGGACACAAAAGGCACCAAGAGUCUUGUUAGCACCCUUAAAUUUGAAAAAGAAAAUGUUUCUUACCUUAGCGCAUUUGGUCCACCCGGAAGUGAGGAUGUUCCUUUCCCGCUUCGCUGGGGAGAGGUAGUCCCGCUGUCCUUUACAAAAGGGACUUUAAGNGAGUAUGGAUUCUUGUUUCAAAAUUCCCUGAAAACUGGUGUGAUUCACCUAUCUUGUUUUAUUAAUAGUAUCUAAAAUGCGUAUAUUUCCGUACGCAGCAUUUCUGGCCUUCAUUAUUGUAUUGCGUUAUGGUUUCGAUAUCUGACGGACUUUUCUCGUAAAAUCGAAGAUAAAUAAAUAUGCAGCAUUAAGUAGUUGGAGUCUUGCAUUGAUGAACAUUAACAUCGUAGCUUUCAAGACCGGUUUCGAGAAAUAACUUUGGUACUGAACUCGUUAUCAGUGUUUAUGUUUACGUUGUUUGGCGAUUUUUGUACCGUCAGGAGGAAUUGCUCUGGAUCCCCGGUAUUUCAACACGACCAAUGCCACUGCCAAGGCUCAGGCUUGGAUGGUACAUGAUGCAGCAGUGCAAGUGGGAAAACAAAUCCAGGAUCUGAAGCCAGAUAUAAUAGUCCUGAGUACUCCGCACGGAAUAGCCUCUCCUGAAGAUUUCGUCUUUUAUCUCAGUCCAGAAGGGGCAGGAUUCUCUGACACAGACAACUGCGCAUGUCCACCUUGCUGCUACAACCUGUCCGUCGUCAUGGACACAAAAGGCACCAAGAGUCUUGUUAGCACCCUUAAAUUUGAAAAAGAAAAUGUUUCUUACCUUAGCGCAUUUGGUCCACCCGGAAGUGAGGAUGUUCCUUUCCCGCUUCGCUGGGGAGAGGUAGUCCCGCUGUCCUUUACAAAAGGGACUUUAAGCUACAGCAAAGUGAUCGUUUUGUCCCAGCCGAGUCGCAGAUACACGGACAGCGUGCAGAUGAUCCCGGAAUUGACCCACCUGGGUAAGAAUAUGUUUAAGAUUCUAGAUCUUCAAACUGACAGAGCCGUAAUGAUUAUAAGUGCUGACCUCGCGCACACUCACUUAAAGUCCGGUCCUUACGGAUUCUCCACCGCCGCAGAACCGUUUGACAAAGCAUGCGGGGCAUGGGUUACCACUCAGGAUUCGGACAAACUGUUAGUUGAAGCCGCUUCCUAUGUGAACAAGGCCCUUUCAUGUGGAUUUACUGGUCUGGUCAUGCUGGACGGGAUGUUGAAAGCGAGUCCUAAUCACUGGCAUUCUCGGCUUUAUGCUAACUUUCAUCCUAGUUACUAUGGCAUGAUGUUGGCGUCCUUUGUGCCAUUAACACAGUAG